AUGAUCUUUCGCAGGACAUUUUGGUGCCAGACCCUUUUGAGACUGCUUUGGGAGGGAAAUCUUUCGCGACGGCAUCAUUGCAAGGCUUACUAUGAACAGUCCGCGUUGGUGCGUCUUUUGGUGGAGGCAGGCGAGCUUGAGCCAAGGCCACAGGGACCACAGGGACCACAGGGACGGUUGCAACACGCCGCCGACCCCGUGGACCCCGUGUCCCGGCUCUGCAUUUUCCCCCUACGCAGCCUGCAAACGAAUCGCCUUCGGGAGGUACAAUUCGAUGGUCCGGAGAAGACGUUUAUUUUCCAUCCGCUCUUUGCCUCGGAGAACUUUGCCGAGGACAAGGCCGAAGCUUUGCAGCGUGUGAAAGCUACGGCAGACGAGAGAGGAAAAUCACUGGCUGGCUGA